GACAGCUGGACGGGGUCCUGUGAUUCAGGGCAGAGCUGCGCAGGCUGGUGUUUGUCAUGUCUGAGCUGGAAUGGCUGGACUGACCUGACACUUCAAAGAGGAAAUCUGACAUCCGUGCUGCCUGCAGUAAUCUGUCAACGUCAAGCCUUUUUUUUUUUUUUGUGGAUUGCUUUUUGCAUCAGUAUUAAAAAAACAAACCAUGUACUGCCUUCAGUGGCUGCUGCCAGUCCUCCUGAUCCCCAAGCCCCUGAACCCGGCCUUGUGGUUUAACCACUCCAUGUUCAUGGGGUUCUACCUGCUCAGCUUCCUUUUGGAGAGGAAGCCCUGUACCAUUUGUGCCUUGGUGUUUCUGGCAGCCUUGUUUCUCAUCUGUUACAGCUGUUGGGGGAACUGCUUUCUUUAUCACUGCAGCGAUUCACCUCUCCCAGACUCCGCGCACGAUCCCAGCAUUGUGGGCACCUAGACCAGCUUCAUCCAGGGCACUGCAAUACCAGCUCCUCUCUUCACUUAUUUCUACAUCGAAAACAUAACGGGACAAUCUGAGUUCGCGAGGCUGUGCAGGGAUUCUGUCAGCCCCUCCAGGAGCUGCCACGAUGCUGAGGAAGCCACGCCGGCUGAAGAAGGCUGAACGUUGUCUUCCUGUCUGUUUGAGAGGGGUGGAGAUGCUAGGAUCUGUGGAUUUCUAAUUGCAUGGGUUCUUUACUGCUUUCUGUGUUUGAUAUCUUUUUUUUGUUUGUUGUUGCUUUGAUGUAAUAAGAUAAUUAUAGGUGUCUGGUUAUUAAAUAUUUGAUUCUAGUUUAAAAAUAAUAAAUAUUACAUUUACAGAUCAUGCUAGAAUGAAUUUCACCCCCUUAGAGUACAGAAGAAUUGGUUUUCUUCACUGAUCUUACUUGAAGUAUUUUAUCAAUCAGCAUUUAUCAAAAAUUGCCAUCCUUUAAAUUGGUCCUGAUCCUUUUCUUUUUCUUCCACUGAGGCAAUGGUAUCCCAUAACCCUUAAUAACACACGUGUCACUAAAGCACUUCAGUCCCUGCUUGGGAUGCAUUAGACAGGACAGGAAAGGGGUACACGCGCUUUGAACUGGAACUGCAGUAGCAACGUAAAGGUUUACUGCGACUAGAAGAAGGGUUCUGUGGGCUGCUGAGAUAUGGGAACAGGGAUAUGCUGUAUUUGGCUGCUGUAAGAAUCUUUAACCCACAAGGCUGUGGUGACAUGGUAUUCUCUUAGUUUUCUUCAUAAGCAGGGCAGCUGAAAUAUUAGUGGCUGCUUGUGGCAUCAGAAAGUAUGGUGGCGGAAACAUUAGGGAAGAAAAAGAAACGGGCACCCCAGUGCAUUCCAGUGCAGAGACGUGUUCAGCCAGGGCCUUCGUUUAUCGGAAUUGACUUUUCUAUGAAGGUCAAGAAGUAAAGAAAGACUUGGUUGGAACAACGUUUUACAAGGCAGUGGAUUGGAAGAGUCAAGGUUGCCUUUCCCUGUACUAGUGAAACUCCAGAUUAGCCAGUUUGAAAAAGUGCAUUCAGUCAUUCUGCACGAGAGGUAGAAAGAUAUGCAGAGGGAGAGGGCCGAGGGCUGGCUCUCACCGAUUUAGUGUUGACUGACUAAGUUCGGUGAAAAGGUGAACAUGUUCAUUUUUGAAGAUUAUUUUUGUGAAAAAAAAGAACCAAAAGUCUAAAAUA